GUAUAUAUCAACGGCCGCGACGGGGUCACACUGGUGGAAAUUAAAAAAUUAAUUUAAUUAACCCAAAGGACUUAAAGGCACCCCUCAACGAACGGCCAUCGCUGGCGACAUGGAAGCGGAGCACCUGAAACGUCUGGAGGCCAAGGAGGCGGACCACAUCCCCGCCAUCCUCGGCGAGUUCAACACGAAGAAUGCGGACCUGCUGAUCUUCGACAGCUUCCGCACGGACAACCAGUGGCACGAGCUGUGGCUGGCCAUCUUUGGCAUUCUGGAGGACCAGCGGCUGAGUCACUUGCAUCCGCAGUGCCUGAACACGGUGAGGAUUCUCACGCGCGACGAGUUCAGCCUGCAGACGAACUACAUCGAACAGGAGGUGAACACGCUGCUCCGGCUGGCCAGGAUCGAGGCGGGCUCCCUCAAGCUGCCGGCCACCCCGGAUGAGCUGAAGCAGCAGGAGCGCGAGGAGCCGCCCAGCCAACUGGACGAGCCCAGCCAGGCCCAAUCGGAGGUGAUAGCCGAGGCGCUGAAGUGCCUGUGCAACCUGGUCUACCAGAGCUCCGACUGCCGGCGCCAGUGCCUGCGACAGCACUGCCUCGACGCGAUCCUCAAGCGGGUGGCCUCCUCGAUGCGCCAUCCCUGCGCCCUGGAGUACUACGACAUGAAGCUGCUCUUCCUGCUGACUGCCCUGGAGCCGGCGGCUCGGUCCCGCCUCCAAAUCGAUCUCAAUGGCCUCACCUACAUGACCAAGUGGCUGGACGACAAGCUGGGCGAGGAGGCCGCCGGCGAGGAGCAGCUAAACAUUAUCUGCGAGCUGCUCAAGGUGAUGUUCAAUGUGACCAGUGCCCCGGACAAGAGUCCCAACGAGUACGAGAUCCAGAGCUUGCAUUUGACAGGAGUGCUGCGGGAGCUGCUCCUGCGCUUCGGCGACAUGGCCACGGACAAGGACCGGGCAGUGGUCACACACGCCAUCAAUCUGCUGACCAACAUAUCGGGCAGCUGCCUAACCGAACUCACCCUGCGCUGCUCCAAUGCCGAGGUGGAGUCCCUCAAGGACAGGGAGCAGGACAAGGAAAAGGAGAGGGAGAAGGAAAAGGAUGCGGAGGCAGGAGCCCGAGCAAAGCCGCGCCAGUGCUGCUCCCAGUGCUUCGAGAAGCGCAAUGUCCGCAGUCUGGACAUUCUGCUCCGCUAUUUGCGGCAAUCCCUGGCCCAGCAGGAGGCCGAGGCCAGCUCGCAUGAGCUGCUCUCGCCGGUGCUGACCGUGCUGGUGAAGUGUGCCCGCAGCGACCGGGUGAUGCGUCACUAUCUGCGGCAGGAGAUUCUGCCGCCGCUCCGGGACGUGAGCCAGCGACCGGAGAUUGGCCAGGAGCUGCGCAACCAUCUGUGCCGCUUCCUCACACUGCCCGCCAUGAUCCUGCGCGAUCUGUCCGCCGAGCUGCUGUUCGUACUGUGCAAGGAGGACGUCGGACGGAUGAUCAAGUACACGGGAUAUGGCAACGCGGCCGGACUGUUCGCCAAGCGGGGCAUACUCGACUGCCGGCGAGUGGAGGGCGCCGACUACUCCUCGGACAGCGAGGACAGCGACACCGAGGAGUACAAGCAGCAGCAGCAGGGCAUCAAUCCCGUGCUGGGCUGCGUCGAGCCGCGCAGCAGGUCUCAUCUGGACGACAUUAGUGAGGAGCAGAAGGAGUACGAGGCCCUGCAGCUGGUCAAUCUCAUUGAGCAGCUGCGUCAGGGCGGCAUCGUCAAGCCGGCGCUGAUUGACAAGGAUGGGCGGCCGCAGCCGCUGGAGCACAUCCUCCAGCUGCAGGAGGAGCUGCCGCAGCAGCAGCUCGACCAGAAGCGGAAAACCUAAGCCUGAACCGAAUCCCGGGAUCUGCUAUGGCACAACUUCCAAAAAGCUACCAAAUAAUCACCCUACACUGCAUUUAUUUAAUAGGUUUACUAUCGAAUGUAGCUUUGAAUGUGUUCCAAAACCAGAAUAGCUUCGCAUUGCUUUCGCUUAAUUGUUAUAUGUAUUAUCUGUCGUUAAAAAUAAGUAUAAAAUUGAGAAUUUUAGUUAAUGAUUCCUUUAUGACAUUGCUCCGAAAACAUCUCAUUAUAAUCCCACAAGUUUGUAUUCAAAAACGAAGUAUUCUCGUUUGGAUUUCCAUGCAAAGCUAUAAGUACUUAAUCAUUUAAUUCGAUAAUGAUUCACCUGUCUUCUAAAUGUUGUAGCUAAACUAUGUAUUAUUGCUAGUGCUAGCUAAAAUCAUUAUAAUCGAUCGUAUUAGAAACAAUUUGUAGAAAUAAUCUCUCACCUUUUAUAAAUUAUUUAGCUAUGAGUUUGACUUUGUUCUUUUUUUCCCACCUAGUUUUGCCUAUUGAUUUGUUUAGCAAUUUGGAGUGUAUUACCAUAGCAUCCCUUCCCAUAGAUAAUGUACCGCUUGAAUCGAUAACUAAAUGCAAAACAAUCGUUGGGGUCUUCCAAUUCCAGGAAGUGGAAAGCAGAUCAACAUAAACGAAUCGAAUAGAAACCAAAACUGAAUUAUAUACACAGACGAUCGCGCAUUGAUCAACAGAUAGGCAAAUCUCUGACUAAUCUUUAUAGUACUUAAGUGAAUGUAUUUAUAAAAAUCCCACUUUUACACUUACGAUCUAAGUACGGGCUCAUGGAAUGGCUCCUAUGCGGAUUCUCGGACCUAAAAACUGUCUUAUAAGACCUAUUUCACUCCCGGCUCCUAAAUUAUAAACUCUAACUCUAACUGUAACUCUAGGAUCUAGCUAAACUAACUUAAAAGUGGGGCACCUUUGGUUCCCACUCAUCCUCAAAUUGUUUGUAUCCAAAGCUAUUCUAUGUUGUAAAUUCCGCAUCAAGAGGGUAAAGAAAGAAUUCCGAAACUUUUAAAGUCACGUGUCUUUGAUCUAUAUACAGGAAAUCCUAUAUAGAGCUUUAUUGUGUUCAAUUUGCUAUAGCGAUAGAAGACCUAAAUAUAUACAACAUACAUCAGAACGUA